AUGGCCACUCUGCCGCCGCCGCCGACGACGCGCUGCAUUUUGCGGGCUUUGCACCUCCACGAUCUGCAGAAGCUGGAAAGUCCUGACCCUCUUGUGCGCGUUCACACGGAGCUAUUUUCCCUUUUGAUGCGGGAAAUAGCCAAGACCAGCCUGGAGGAGCGAGGGGCUCAGCAGCAACAGCUGCUGCAGCAGCAGCUCCAGCAGCAGCUGCUCCUGCAGCAAGGAGCAGCACGAGCAGCAGCACAAGCAGCAGCAGCAGCGGGGGCAGCGGGGGGGACCCGCACUGCGUGGAGUUCGCA